AUGGCCGCGGAGGGGCUGCAGGUGCUGGUGCCGCCGCUCCCGCUGCUGCUGGCGGCCGCCGCCGCCGCCGCCCUCUUCGGCUACUACUGGGCACGGGUGCCACGAGUGAGCCCGCAGCGGCCACUCCUCGCCGCCGGCCCGCGGCUCCGCGCCUUCUUGCAGCGGCACUGCCCCGCCGUGGGCGAGACCUUCCGCCCUACGCCCUGGUGUUUCGAGGGCCGCCUGCAGACCGUGCUGGGAGCCCUGCUCCAGGCCCGCCCGCCCGUCUCCUACCGCAGCGAGGCUAUCCCCACCCCUGACGGCGGACAACUCAUCCUCGACUGGGCCGACAGCCACCGGCACCCGGAUGCCCAUGCCCGCCCCACCGUCCUGCUGCUGCCGGGUCUCACUGGCAGCAGCCAGACCGGUUACUUGCUCCGCCUUGUGCACCGGACCAGCUGCGCCGGCUACAGGUCCGUCGUGCUCAACCACCGGGGCUGCCGGGGCGAGGAGCUGCUGACACCCCGGACAUUCUGCGCCAGCAACACUGAAGACCUGGAGACAGCCAUUGCCCAUGUCAAGCGCCGGUACCCAUGUGCCCCACUACUGGCUGUGGGCAUCUCCCUGGGCGGGAUGCAGGUGCUGAACUACCUGGGGCGGAAAGGGCAGGCAGCAGGGCUGGUGGCAGCCAUGGCUCUGUCUCCAGUUUGGGACCCCAGCGUCUCGUCCACAUCGCUGGAGCAGCCUCUCAAUGCCCUGCUCUUCAACCAGCACCUUGCCCUCAGCCUCUGCCAGCUUGUCAGCAGGCACAGAGAGGCAAUCGGGGACAAAGUGGACGUGGAGCACGUGCUAAAGGCACGCACCAUCCGAGAGUUUGAUGAGCGCUACACUGCCCAGGCCUUUGGCUAUCACUCCUGCCAGGAGUACUACGAGGCAGCCAGCCCCACACGCCAGCUGCAGCACAUCCACGUGCCUGUGCUCUGCCUCAAUGCCUCCGACGACCCCUUCUGCCCACUGCACUCCAUCCCUGUGGAGACUGCCUGGCACUUGUCCCAUGUGGCACUGUUGGUCACAGCCCAUGGGGGACACAUUGGCUUCCUGGAGGGAUUUUGGCCCCGUCCCGGUAGUUUCAUGGAGCGACUCUUCUCCCAGUUCAUCACUGCUGUCUUUGAGCAUGGGGAUGAAGUGCGGCAGCUGGAAGGGGAGGGGGAUGGCAUCAGGGAGGUGGUUGCAGAGCAGGGUACUACCUGA